CCACCUGUCUCUCCGACUACUUCUCCCUGUUCCUUUCGUAUUGGUAACACCUCGUUUCAUGCCUGCCUGUUCGCUGGCUUCCCCCAUUACCCUGUGAGCUUCCUGAAUGCAGGGAAGCUGUAUCCCCACUGCACUCUGAAGAAGAUGGUGACAGAAAUGGAAAACCACCCCUAGUUUUAUCAGGAUUAAAACGUUAUGAUGCCCUGGCUGAUGUGGUUCAGCUUGUUGGAGCGGUCUUUCCUAAACUGAAACGUCGCAGCCGUUCCGAUCAAGUUCUCCGAAAAGCAGCAGGCUUCUCAUUAUCUGUAUAUGAGAGAGCACAGAGUUCGGGAAGGCACCAAGUGUUCCUGGCCUCAGAAGAGGACCCUUUUUGUCCUCAAUGUGCCCCCGUACUGCACAGAGGAGUGCCUGUCCCGCCUCCUCUCGCCGUGUGGCCCCGUCCAGUCAGUGGAGUUACGUGGGAAGCCUGAGCUCGCCGAGAGCCCGAAGGAGCCAAAGUCGAAGUUUUUUCACCCCAAGCCCGUUCCGGGGUUCCAGGUAGCCUACGUGGUGUUCCAGAAGCCCGGUGGGGUGUCAGCUGCCUUAGCCCUGAAGGGCCCUCUGCUGGCCUCUACAGAGAGUCACCCCGUGAAGAGCGGCAUUCACAAGUGGAUCAGUGACUACACAGACUCUGUGCUGGACCCGGAGGCCCUGCGGGUUGAAGUGGAUACAUUCAUGGAGGCGUAUGACAAGAAGAUAGCCGUGGAGGAAGCCAAGGCCAAGGAGGAGGAAGGGGUCCCCGAUGACGAGGGCUGGGUGAAGGUGACCCGCCGUGGCCGGCGGCCCGUGCUACCCCGGACGGAGGCAGCCAGCCUGCGGGUGCUGGAGAGGGAGAAGAGGAAGCGCGCCCGCAAGGAGCUGCUCAACUUCUACGCCUGGCAGCACCGCGAGACCAAGAUGGAGCAUCUAGCACAGCUGCGCAGGAAGUUCGAGGAGGACAAGCAGAGGAUUGAACUGAUGCGGGCCCAACGCAAGUUCCGUCCCUACUGAGCCAGUAGGUGGGUGGUGGACGGCCAGCGAGGGUGUGAGGGCCAGGACGUCGCCACACUGCCCAGGCGGAGGGGCUACCGAUCAGACAGCACCAAAGACCUGAACCCACACAGGCGGGAUGGAGGACAGCGUCCCCACUCGGUCCUUGUGCUUCAGGAAGCCAUGGCCCCAGGAAGGGACACCUUCCCAGAAGAUCCUAGUCUCUUGCCCGAUGUCUCCGGAUCCCACUGUGAAAGCUAAGUGCCUCCUCUAUUCUCUUAAGUCCCUGGAUGGAAAACCCCCACUGCAGUGAGAGCCUCAAAGCCAGUGAGACGGAGACACGAAAGCAAUUUAAUC